ACAUUUUUCUUUCGCUCUUAUCUAAACUCUCAAGCCUAAAAGGGGAAAGGGCAGGAGACUUGGAGUAGACCAUCUCCUUCUCUAGUCUCUACAUCAGCUCCUUUCCAUUCUCUCUCUCUCUCUUGCUACGAAAAUACGAACACGCCUUCUUUAGUUGACUGACAUUAUCCUCCCAAUAAUGCUCUCAAUAACAACACCCUAGUCGUCGUCUCUUUCGUUCGCCUUCUCUUUUUUUUAUCUCAUCUCUCCAAGUCCCCUCACACUGUCACACUCGCUAGCUCUACUUUUUCAAUGGUAUUUAUUGGCAGACAAUUAAUGGCUUGGCAGGGAACCCUAGUUUAGUCUUCCUUCUCCUUAUUCUUCUUCUGGGUCUUGUGGUGUCGAGGGUGAACCAUAACCGGCAAUUUUGCUUUCUGAGGGCUCUCUCAGGUACCCAUUUUUUGAGUUUUUGUGCAAUUUAUGCGUAAUCAGUAGUCAGAACUAGUUACAGGUUUCUGUGAACUGGGUCCCUGUAAUUUCUCUGUUUCUGUGAGUUGUGUUUCUAUUUGUUGAAAUGGAAACAAGCAGCUUCAGACAACAACAUUUGUACUGAAAGUGCGAAACAUGUGGUUCUCCGUGGAACAUAACAAAUCAGCCCCGAUACCUUUCAUGAUAUUUAUCUAUGUAUUUGUUUUAUAAUCAAGAGUUUAAAAUUUAAAUUGUUGUUAAUAGAAAAUAAUGGUGAAUAAUUUUCCUGAGAAGAUAUCUUUGGAACUGCAUGUAUGGCUGGGAUGAGAGUGCUGACUGCUGACUCUUGUGAUGUGACAUCUAUCUGCCAUUUGAAUGGCAAUAAUGUUGCGCUUUAUUGUGAAGGACCAAUGCCUUUAGGCCGAUCUUAAUUGUCCAAUUUCUUAAUUUUUUUCCAUAUAAGUUAGUGAUAAUUUGUGAUUCACUUUUCCAAUGGAACAUACUAAGCCAAGUUGAAUCAUUUCUUUGUCUUUGUAACCUGAAAAAAGAAGUUCAUGGUUUCUCUUCUACAAUUCAAGUUUUUAUAUUGAAACAUGAAAGAUUCUGUUUCAUUGUGUACAUGAAGUUGAGGAGCAGCACUAGGCACGAGCUCAAGUGGUCUUGGUUUCUAUCCCCUGCCUAAUUGAAAUUAAUUGUUCAUUAACUCUACUCUGUUGUGUUUGUUUGGGAAGAAAUUGAAGAUUCAGUGUCCUAAUAUGUGACCACCGGUUAUUUAUUUGAUCUUUUAACUGCCAUUAAAUGAUUGUCUGGGUGGAUCAGUUGGUGAAGGACUAAAAGAUAGUUGCAAAAGGAUCAUGUUCUAUGGGCUAUAAUUUCAGGACUCGUUUUGAAUUAGAUGAAUCUGAAGAACUAAGCAUUUCUCACAUUGCUCAAGUUAUUGAGCCUGGCAGCAUAAGGGUGCGUCAAGCUGUGAAGCAUUAGUCAGUAUACUUAAAGCUUGGAAGUUCAGGUGACUUGGUUGACAAGUUGGUGAGCAAAUCCAAGGGUCUUGGUGACUGUGUGAUGGAGUCGUCAUCAUCGUCUGGAUCAUUGAAGAGAGCUCGCGCACCGAACAAUACAACCCAAGUCUCUUCUUGCUUGGUCGAUGGGUGCACUUCAGACCUUAGCAAAUGCAGGGACUAUCACAGGCGACACAAAGUAUGUGAAGCUCACUCUAAGACUCCUACGGUUACGAUUAAGGGUCAAGAACGAAGAUUUUGUCAGCAGUGCAGCAGGUUCCAUUCCUUGGGAGAGUUUGAUGAGGGAAAGCGUAGCUGCAGAAAACGCCUUGAUGGACAUAACCGGCGUCGAAGGAAACCUCAGCCAGACUCUUUGUCCAUAAGUUCUGGAAGGUUAUUUACCAAUCACCAAGGUACCAGGUACUUGCAUUUUGGUACUGCACAGUUUCUUUCAACUAGUCCUGUGAGCUCUGCCUGGUCUGGCUCUGUCAAAACUGAGAACGACGCUCUUGUUUACAGCAACCAUUUCCCAGGAUCGUUUUCUAAGAGCUACAGAGUAGGAAAGCAGUUCCCAUUCUUAGAGGGCAAUAGUUCCACAUUACCUAGCAAUUCCCCAAUUCAUUCACAUUUUGAUGCCAAUUCCACCCUGGGUAAUAGUGGCAGCACCCAGAAGAUGUUCUCUGGUGGGUUAAACCGAGUCAUCGAUGCUGGUCGUGCUCUCUCUCUUCUGUCAUCACCUCCACCCUCGACGGAUACACCAGAUAUUGGUUUAAGCCACUUGGUGCAGCCUGCGCUGGAUACCCGAACUCAGUCAUCGUUGAUUCCAAGCCUGCAGUAUAAUCGUCUGGGAAUUGGGGGUGAGUCGCUUGGAUCCAUUGUUGUACCCAAUAGCGGCAGCGACACCAACCUAAAUUGCCAGGAUAUGUUUCACAUAGGUCCUGAUGGAUCAACAUCUGCAAGUGCCCCUCACCAGACUCUCUCCUUCUCCUGGGAGUAGCUCAUCCUCAUCUUUAGCUAUCCUUGGCGAGCUUAAAAGGGUUUCAUUUUAGAAAUAAAAAUACCCGUAACCGAUCCAGAUUUGAAGAUGUUGCCAAAAUAAACUUUUAGCCCCUUUUAAGUAUAAUUUUUAAUGCUCCCUAAUCUAUGGAAUUUCUGGAGCUGUUCUUGGUCUUCUGAACUCCAAUAAUUUUAUUGCAAUGUACCAUCUUAAGAAAAUUUUAAAACUUUUUUUUU